CUUCGUUAAGAUGGCGACUUCCAAGUUGGCAGCGUAAACAUUCCCUCAGAUCAUUCAGAUGUAAAUAAUUAUAUUUAGAACAAUCGGUACAUAGCAAUUAACAAUAGGAAUAUUUAUUAUUUGAGAUAUAACGUUUGAAUGUGCUUCGGUGCUGAUAUACACUCUCGUUGGUAAACAACUAAAUUACAUAUAUUUUAUCUCUAUUUUAAUUCACUACUAAGUUAGUAAGAACUAAAUUAAACUUACUAAGUAAGUUACUAACCUUACAAUUACAACUUACUUAAAUUUAAGACUUAGACUAACUAUUUAGACUUAACUUGAUAAGAUUUUUUAAUUUAAGGCAUGUGCUUUCAAGUCUUUCACUUUGUUACACUUUGUAGUAAGGUAAUGUAGCCUACAGUGGAACCUCUAUAUCAGUUUCUAGUUACUAUGGACAGUGGAAAUAUAGACUAUCCUAUAAGCUAUAGUCUAUAGAAAUUUUUUCCCAUAAUAUAUUAAUAGCCAUAAUAGUAGUAAAAGGCCUAUUCAUUAUCUGUACUCAGCCCCCAAAAAAUGAUUCAUUAAUUAAAGGCCGGCUUGGUAGUGUCUGACCACUGUCAAAUUCCACAGCCACAAUGGUGUUAGUGUUGUGUUCUAUGGCAUACAAUGCCACACGUUUUUUUUCAAACUUUUGAGCAUGAUUAUGAUGCUGGCUGAACCUGGAAAUAGCACCACCCUUUCAAAUAGCACAAAUUUUUCUUUGGUUCCAAGAGUUUGUGCUAAUCAAUGGUUUCACUGUAAAACAUUUUUGGGAGCAGCUGGUACCCGGUACUGAUUUGGGGCUUAUCUUAACAAUUUAUGAGUUUCAAUGCCAACUCAUCAUCUACAAGUUACAACACUUAAUAAACGACUCGUAAAGUAUAUUUAUAUUGCAGCAAAAUAAAAAAUAAAUAAAAAUUGUUACAAAUGAACAUACAAUUUUUUAUUACUGGUAUUAAAUAUAUUUUUAAUUGAGAUGCAAAGCAAGAUAAAGAAGAAGGUGUAGCAGUACUGAGAAUCGAUCCCCAAGUAUGAAAUCAUCUUGUUAGCACAGUCAAAACACAAACACACACUGCUGCUACAGCUCGUCAUCUACUGCAUCCUGGUCUAUUUAUAAUUUAUAGUCGUCUUGUUUAAGUCAUGCUAUUGGAUCAAAUAGGCAAGGACGAGAGAGUGAGGCUGAUGAAUUGAGCAAGUCUCCCUUACUUUAAACAAAAUACAUCUCAAGCCAAGGCUACUACUCAAGUUGAAAAUUGUAUACUCGACCAGAAAACCACACAAGGUCAUAUAUAUUAGUCAUGUAUCAAGACUAGGCCAAAAGUAUUUUUGCUACAGUGUACACAGGCCAGGUCCAUGAUUUUGCUAGGUACACCACUACGGUGUAUGCAGGCCUAGGUCCAUGGUUUUGCUAGGUACACCGCUGCGGUGUAGGAAAGCCUAGGUCAAUGGUUUUGCUAUGUACACCGCUGUGUUGUAUGCAGGCCUAGGUCAAUGGUUUUGCUAGGCACACUGCCAUGUUGUUCUCAGGUCUAAGUCCAUGGCUUUGCUAGGUGCACCACCACGGUGUACGCAGGCCUAUGUCAAUGGUUUUGCUAGGUACACCGCUGUGUUGUAUGCAGGCCUAGGUCAAUGGUUUUGCUAGGCACACUGCCAUGUUGUUCUCAGGUCUAAGUCCAUGGCUUUGCUAGGUGCACCACCACAGUGUACGCAGGCCCAGGUCCAUGGUUUUGCUAGGUACUUUGCUUCAGUGUAUGCAGGCCUAGGUCCAUGGUAUUGCUAGGUACACCACUACGGUGUAAGCAGGCCUAGGACCAUGAUUUUGCUAGGUACGCGCUGCAGUUUACCCAGGCCUAGGUCCAUGGUUUUGCUAGUUACUCCGCCACAGUAUACGCAGGCCUAGGUCAAUGGUUUUGCUAGGUACACUGCUGCGGUGUACACAGCCUCUUUGUAAACUAAAUUGACAGAGAUCACAAAGUCAAAGUCAUUCAUGUAAUAUAAUAAAUGAAAAAAAAAAUAAAAAGAAAGAAUUUAUCAUGACUUUACCGGAAUAUUGCUUAGAGUAGAGAUGAUGUCAAUGGCAGAAGCUGAAGAGUAGGAAAUGAUUAUUGCUCACAGGAGUUAAGUAAACAUCAGUUAAAACAUCAUGGGUUUUGUUUUGAUAAUGAUUCAGCAGCACUUGAUUUGACCACAAAGAACUUGUCUAAUGUUGCCCAUAUCUGUCUGUUGUUGAAAGUAGUCUGUUUAUGUUUUGGUUGAAUAAAAGAGCAUUUGGGUAAUACUUUUCAAGCCAUUUUGGGUUUUCAACCAGGUAGAGUUUAAACACCAUUACCUUAAUGUAUGUCAGCUGUAAGUGUGGAACCUUCCUUCGAUCCUUCCUCCAUUGUUUCAGCGUCUUCAUUUUGAAGCUCCCAACAGUUGUUUUCCUUGGAUAAUUCCAAAGGAUUACAAAAAUCAUGAACAUUUCCAAGAGGAAAAAGCUUACAAAAAUAGAGGUUCCAUUUAUAUUUGGUAUAUUGUAUACCAAUGAUUACAUAUAUGUAUUAGAAUUUGGGGACUCAUACUGACUGACUUUGUCAUACUUUAUUUAUAGCAGCUAGUAAGAUAAUUAUACUAGUUUUAAAACUUUAUUAAAAUCCGAUAGUUUUAACGAUUGAUACAAACUAUUUAAAUGUUAAAAUCCCUUCCUUUCUGCUUCUCUUUACUUUGUUUUUGUCUGGUUUUAGCGCCCUCUCCUAUAUUUUUUCUGUUUUAGGUAGGAUAUGUAUAUUGAUAUUAUGUAAAUUUAAUUUAUACUUAUUUAAAUGUGUUUUGUUUGUUUGUACUGAUGAAGGCAUGUGCCGAAACGUUUAAUUUUGUAUAAUGUAUAAUUAUUAUUAAAGCUAACUCAUAUUGUUCUAUUGACACAAUUUGUUCGUGUCUUAUUAAUCUAUUUAAAUGAGGCUGAGUUUAGGACUGCAAAGUAGACUUUCUUUUCCUGUAUACAUUGACAGAUUUGUCACAUGAAAUCUAACAGUUGUUGUAGUACGGGUUGUUUUCUUGCAAUUUUCAGAAAUGUCCUGUUUGUAGACUUUGUUUUUAUGAACAAACUUCAAUGAUAUGCUACAUCUGAUGAGAUUUCCUUGGUCAAGCAUGGCGGGGCAGGUAAGAGAUUAAAACACUGUCUGUGUCAUCAAGCAGGAUGGAGUUUUAUAAGAUAAUAUGCUACUCAGGAUUCUAGUGUUAUCAAUGGUCAGUAGAACAUGAUGACAUACAUUGAUUGUGGGCACUCAAAGUAUAGAAGAUUUAUUCCAUUUAUUAAUUUUUAAUCAUUGUGUGCGUUUAAUAUUCCAUGCCUAGCCAUAUAAUGAUUGUAAUUGUUUCAGUUUCGCAGUUUCCAAUGGGAUCCCAUUCUCAUCACUGCCCAGAUUAUAGCCAUGGUCAGUUUUUGGUACUUCUCAUUGGGCAUGUGGAUAUUUGUUCUAGAUGUCAUAGGGAAAUUUGACCUUUCUGUAGAGCAAAUUUUUACUCAGAGUGUAAGUAACCAAUGUGAAUAUUAUUUCUGAGUUUUUUUUAGCGGUAUUCAUCUACAGGACAAUUACAUUCUAUUGUAAAAAUGUUUUAAUAUUUAAGUUUUUUAAUAUAAUUUUAUAAUUGACAUAUUCAGAGAGGCAUCAAAUCAUCAGGGCCUUCACUUACUUAUGUAAUAUGUUAUCUCAUUCUUAUCUAUUGUAUUAUUUGAAUACAAUUUGUGUUCAGUAUAAUCAAUUUGGGACACAAGCUCAGCUAAAGUACAUGAGAUUUAUAUUGUACCUUUGCGUAUUAUUUGUUGUACAAAAUGAAAGACCAUGGCCUAACUGUGCCUCAUAAUGCAGCUGAUAAAUCAAGUGCGAAUAAAAAGUAAGACCCAAUUAACUCUACCACUAAAUCUAAACUAAAAAUGUUACAUCUAUCAAUCUUAAAUUAUGUAAUUUUUUAUAUAUUAUUUUGUUGCUGUUACCAAUGAUCUCUUUGUUUCUUUCUGUAGGAUCUUGGUCUCUAUGAGGACUCUGGCAGAACAAAUAUUAUUGCGUUUGCAUUCAACAGUUUGACAGUGUAAGUUGGAAAUAAAUAUUUAAAUAUUUGGCCUAAAGCAUUAACUGUUAAUUUGCAGUCCUACGUACCAACUUGUAGUGUAGGUAUUUGCCGUCUGCACAUGACCAUUUUCUCCUUUGAGACACCUAUCUUAAUUUUUAUUUUUUGGGUCUCUGGAUAGCAAUAGUCCUACAAAAAGCUGGCUUCUGAUCCUAAUCAUUGCAGUUUAUUAUCAUGUUUUAUGUCCCAAACUAUAUCUGGCUUGAUGGGCUGAUGAGCUCAUUUCAACUGUUCAUGAUGAAGUUUUAUGCAAGAUUUAUUUUUAUCCAAAUAUCCAAAUUUCUUAACCUUUUAACCCUCACCAGCAAGUCUUAUCUACACUUAUUUUUCUGUCAUUGUCAGAGCCAUCGUGUGGGCCCUGCAACCCCAGCAGCUCCAGGGUGUCUCAAAUAUGUAAAGGGCCUAAAAUAAUUUUAUGAAGAAAAAAGCGUUCCCGUUUGCAUCCAGGGGGGACAAAACUGAAAAGUGGCCGUAGGUUGACUACAAUAAUAUGACUGUAUUACACAAGCACACACAGUACCAGGUCAAUGUAAGUCUCAAAUCAUGACAGUACAUCUACAGCAAAUACAAUAGCUAAGUGGAUACUGGUGUACACAUGGAUCUGUAAAAGACAUGCAGUGUGGCUGUAUGUUUAACUAUGGCGAUAUUGUAAACGGGUUUCGUUCUAUGAGCUGUUCUAUGAGCUCGAGGUGUAACUAACUUAAAACAUGAACCGUUAUGAACAGGAAUCGCCCAUUACACCAAAAUAAAAAUAAAAUUUGCUCUACAAAAUAAUGCUUUAGAUAUAAAAUGCAUAUUGCUACUUUCAGAAUGGCCACAAUGAAAUAACUAAAAACCAAAUGCUGCUAGCUACAAGUAUCAAUUCCAAAUGAGUCAAAACUUCCUUAUAUUAUAUAGCCUGCUGUACAUGGACACAAUGAUGUCAGCGUCACGAGUUGUUCAUGGGUCAACCGUGGGAUGGGGAUGGUCCUUCGGGGGUGUGAAUGACCAAACAAUGAAUUUAAGGCCCAGCGGUCUGUACGUGCCUGGGGUUAUCCACAGCACCGACACUUGGAGCAUGUAUUCCUUAUUCCUCACUGCCACGUUUGAUUAAAAGAUCAUCGUCUAAAUCAUUUUGGUCUUGAAUGCUGUCCGCUUACCAAAAAGUCUAUCUGAAUGUUUCCUUGAUUCUGUUUCCUUCAUUAAACCAAUUAAGGUAAAAUAAAAAGUAAUAUCAUUAAUAAUGAUAUAUUUUCUUAUAGGCAACUCUUUUAACGCUCCUUUCAUGGAAACAACCCAAACAAUUAUUGGGAAUCCCACCCAACAAAGUUUCGGAACCCCUGUUAUAUUUUUUCCUAAGCAAAUAUUCAGAAGCUUGUUGAAACUGAGAGCAGCAGUUAUGAUUAAAAUGAAAAUUAAAGUGUAAAUCAAGUUCUAGUUAUUGAAUGUUACAUAGAGUGAAGGUAACACGCAUCAUGGAUUGAUUCAAUGCUUUAAACAUGAUCCUUUAAGUUUAUUUUAAAGUGCCUUCCAUGUUCUCCCAGUUCAUUCAUCAUGUGGAGUGUUGUGGGGAGGACCAAGCAGUGCUUAGACUUCACGGCCACCGUCCAUGUCUUCCACUUCAUCUUUUGUUGGAUCUACUUCGGCUACGUACCUGUGACGUUCUGGUGGUGGGUCACCAACAUCGUCUGUGUGGCACUGACAACCGUGACGGCGGAGUUUUUAUGCAUGAGGUCUGAGAUGAAAGCUAUUCCGGUGGGGAUGGGAGCAAAAGUAGAUUUGUAAAACAACAGGUUGUAAGUUUUGUACAAAUGUGUGAACAUUGUUUUCUGGAAAAAAUGUUUAAUAGGUUUAAUUAAAAAAAAAAAAAAAGUCUUGAGAAAAAUAUUUGUUCCCAGUCAUUACUGAAAGUGCAUCCAUCUGUAAUGACAAAAAUAUUUCAAAUUAAAAAGAAAUUGUGACAUCCUUCAAUAUGUUUCUCCAACCCUCCAGAAAUUAUAGGGUCUCAUUCAGAUAACUUUUAAAAUAAUUUGAGGUUCUUUCCUACAGGGAGCUUCACCUAACAAAUAAAGAUCGCAUAGUUUUGGCAAUGAACAGCAAGAGUUUUGAUUUGUUAAGUUUUUAAAAAAUUUCCUGAGGUAUAUACUUAAAAGAAAUUCACAAUCAGGGACGAUAAAAACUAAUUCAUCUAUGUAAAUAUUUUUGGGCUAUUAUUUCAGAACAUGUUUGUAGAAUGGGAGGAAUUUAAGUUGGCAUGUUUGUAUUUCCCUUGAUCAGUCAUGACAAGGAGAGAAUCUGGUGCAGAGAUUAGGUGUUUUGGCCAGGCGUGACUUUGAAAAUCUUUUUUAAUUUGACAAAUUUAUGUCUGAAGAAUUUUUAAACCAUAUGUAUGAUGAAUUGAAGCUUUUUACUUCACUUUUAAGUUAAUGAUUUAAAAGAAGAACAUACACAGUUCAUAUAUAAAAUCUUAAAAGAAUAUUCGGAAAACAUGUCUUAUGUACAUGUUAAUUAAAUUGGUAAAAAAUAUAUAUGUAUGUAUAAGGUAUGACUCUUGAGGAUUUUGGAGCAGAACAUUUCCAGUGCUUCUCUGCAGGUAUUUAUUUGUGGGAUUCUAACAUUGAAUAUAUUUUAUAAACAAUGCUGAAAAAUAAAUUGUAAAAAAAUAUGUUUAAUUGAAACACAAUGUCUUGGUUCUCCUCAAUCAUUAAGCUAUCAUUUUUUUCCUUGUUCAUUAGAUUUCAGGAAUAAAAAUCAGGAAGCUGAUAGCAGAUCAAAUAACUUUUGAAAAGUAAACAAAAAUGACUGAAAUGUUACAUGAAAUAAAUAGUAUAAUUUGGUGUGCAUCUUUUUUAAAAAUCAUUUUAAUAUUAUAAAGUAUUUUUGAAGGCAGUGGUUUCUCAAACUGUAUGUUAAUGUACCUCAAAUACUAAAAAGAAACAAAAAAAAUGGCUUCCCCUUAUUUCAUUAACAAAUAUGGGCAACACACGUAUGUGUACCUAAAGAUUAACAUGAAACUUUUCCCCCCCCCGCCCCAAAGUUCUCAAAGGAGGACAUCCCACCUAGUUGGAAGACCACUGCUUUAUUUUUUAAUAGAAAAAAAGUUCAUUUGACUUGCUGUCAGAUUAGCAUUCUUGAUGAAGUCUCAUUGACAUUAGUGUGAGAUAAUGUUGCUAAAUAUAGAAUAUUGUACUGAACCAGUUGUUAAAAAUAUCAAAAUAUUAAAGGCAAUAUAAAAUGACACAAUACCAUUUAUGUUUUGAAAACAUACAAGCACUGAAAGACUUUGCUGAACACUAUCUUUUGGAAGUGAGCUAGUUAUUGCAUGUGGAGAGAACAUUACUUUGAGUUCAAGAAAACUUUAGGCAUCAGGAUUGUUAUUUGACCUUAAUUUUGUUAGUUCUUUCAAGAGGAAUUGACAUGUACUUUUAAAAAUCAUUAUAAAUGAUUAGCAAGUUGGUAUUAAAAUUGUUUUUACGUGUUAUGUAUGUGUGUACAUAGUAGGAGAUAGCUUGCCUUUGAAUUUUUGAAGAGAUUGUAAAUUAUACUUUGUUCCAUUUCAUUGUGUUGCUUUAUACUUCCUCAUAGAGUCUUUUUAUAAAAUCUGUUUGAUUACUUCGUACUGAAUUGAUUUUAUCUUUUUAUUGAAUACUUUCCAGGAUUGCAAGACUUGGGGCUGGUCAAAUAAUUUUGAGUUAAUGGUUCUUAGAAAUGCAUUGAAUGGCUUGUGUAAUGCAAAAGGGAAUUCUAAUAAUUUUAAUGGAAAAUACUUAUCUAAUGUAAUACUCAUAAAAAACUUCGGUUCAUUAUUAAAAUAUGCAAUUCUCUGUUCUCUCUUUGCUUUUAGUUUAGGGAAAUCAUUGUUUGGACAAUAUGUAUCAUAAUUGGAUAAUUAAAAAUCUUGAAAGACAUCUGUAUACUAAUAAAACUUAUAUGUGAUGUUCAAGCAAACUUGGGGCCUGGUGCAACAAAUGUGAAUGGCAUCUCUUGUACUCUUGUCAUAGCAAUGGACUAAAAAGAUGAAAGGACUCUAAAAAUUAGUACAACCUCAUGCACUUGACACUGCUUCAUUCUGGAUUUCAUUAGUUUUAUUAUUUGCACACAAUCAUUUGUUGUUGAUUUUAUGUUUCAAUUAAAAAAUUAAUUGCACAGUCCGUAAAUUAAAAUUUCUGUCCUUUUUGUAUUA